UAUCUACAAAGACUGCCUAACUUUAAUAUUAAAGUUAGACCAGUCCAGGCCCAAUUUUAAUAGAGAAGCCCAACUUGCGUCAUUUAACCCGGCGACAUUCUGUUAUCCCCAACCCCAACCCAGCGACAUUUACAUUCUGUUACUAAAAAAAAAAAUCCUUUCUCUUUCUCUCUCUUCUCCCUCCAAAUUCCGUUCCUCUCGCUCUUCGGAUGCUCGUAUAACUACAAUUACAUGAAUAUUAUCCUCAAUUAAUUCAAAUUUUGAGAAUUUUUUUUCUCCAGAUCUUGAGUAUUAGGUAUUUCAAUUAGCAAGCAAAGUAAUUCUUCUGCAAUUGUGAAUUUGUUGUUCAAUUAGGAUUUUGUUUUGUUGUAGAUUGAUUCGUACGGGUAGAAAUUCGCUGAUUUAUAGACGCCAAUUCUUUUCUAAUGAAUUGUGAAAGAAGAAUUGAAUUGAAAUCGGCGAGCCGACGGUGUCGAGGUUUGUUCUUUCAAAUUUUCGCGCUGAAUUUCUGAUUCGAUUGUUUUCUGAGGUAAUUUUCCAUUCACAUUCUUUUAAUCUUUGUUAAUUAGGUUUUUUUUUGAUAUUAUGCUGAUGCUGUUUAUUUCACCCUCGAGGAUGGUGUUCCUCAGCGAGAUUCAAGGAGAUGUGAUGAAAAUGAAGAGAUCCCACUACAUCAAGCGCUUCUACUGUCACUGUUUUGAUCCUCAUCAGUGCAAACCUAAGGGAAGAAGUGUGAGGCCCAAAUUAGGGCUUGAGAAAAGUCGAGGCAGUAAAGCUGUUGUUGCUUCUAAUGCACCAAAGGAGUUUGGUUCUUACACUCUCCUGCUAGAUUGUUGUAGUUUCUUGGAAGAUUAUAGUGGUCACAAAAUGAUUUAUGUUGGUGACAGAAUGGUUUUUGUGGGUCAGUUAUUAAUUUUUUGACAUUGAGGAAUCCACACAUGUUAUCAGAUUGACAUUUUUGUUAGUGAUUAUGGUAAAUGAAAUAUAUUUUUUCUUUCCA